UACCAACAUGUUAUCGCGAUCGAUAGAAAACUUUGUUUGCAACUCUGCAUACCGACCUUGCAUACACUGAUAGCAAACAGCUGUUUCUAAAAGGCGCAUUCGGUUCUUGUAAAUUUCAUUUUUCUGUUGAUGUAGUCCGGUUACCUGAUUUUGAUGUACUAAUUUGCAUUUAAUAAAAAAUGAGUUCAAAUACCAUAAAAACUAAGGAAUCGAAAGGAAAGCGAAAAGCUUUGCCUAAAUUAAAAACGAUUUUAGCAAACCCAAACAAGGAGAAAUGCCCGUCACUUAAAGAAGAUGAAUUGGAGCAUUUUGGUAAAUUAUUAUUAAACGCCAUUUCCAAAAGCGGCACAAAACCCAUGCAAUUUGCGACGACAGCUCAUAUACAUUUAGGAUUAGAAAGCAGCUUACGCGCUAUCAAUAACUUAAAAUGUUCAUGUGUUCUACUCUCGCGAAGUAUUCAACCUCGUUUCUUGGUAAGAUUAAUUGCGAGAAACGUGGAGGCUAAAAAUCAGGCUGUACCGGUGUUUGUUCAAUCUCAAUUAGAAGAUUUUACGAAAACUGUAUUUGGUGUAGGAGCACUUGCUUUGGUAUUACCCACAGUGACAGCAAUGCGCGAUGCAAAUAUGGAUACUAAUCUCAUAAAAUGGGCUGAGUCACAAGCGAAGCCAGUAAAGCCAAUGAAGGUCAAAUUUGUACCCAAAUUAAUGAAGAAAAAACGUAAAAAUUUCAUUUUCGGCGAUCCAGAGGAGAAAACAACUAAAUUACAAAAGUCCGAUAGUGAAGUUGUUGACAACAAUUGGGGAGAAUUCAUAUCCUUUAGUGAUGUUAUGGAGAUCGAAAAGGCAGAUUCUGUGGAAGAUGAGCAGCAUUUGAAUUCAGCUUUAUGUAAAGUUGUGGAGGGUGUUAAUAAAGAACGUGUUACUUUUCAAGAUGAGAAUGUGAAAAGUGCGAAAAGCAUACCACAAGUGGACGUCAAAUAUUCCUCAACGCCCUCCAGCGAUUCUGACGAUUUUUUGCCGGAAAUUUAUCAGCCACUUACUGUUCACAAAAUACAACCAAAUCCUAAUAAGAAACCAAAAAAGAAACGACAAAAAAAUAAUAAACUUAAGAAAAAUUAAAAUAAUUCUUCAUUU